CGGUGUUUUUACGAUCUUGAUGUGCAACCCCGGAAGACGGCGAUGGCGGCUGCAAUGACGGCGUCGAUCGCCGGCUGGUCCUCCGGAGAGCCUGGUCUCGAAUGGGAAUCUCUUCUCUUCAGUGAAAUUGGUGAUCUCUUAGGAGAAGAUGAACUUCAGCUAGAUGUAGAGAAUGAAACCUAUGAAAGCAACCUUGGUGACCUUGACUUUGAUUUAGAUUUGAUGUCUUGGGAUUCAGGUGCAUGGGAUAUAACGAAGCAGACCCCAGCAGAUAUAGAGUGCAAAGCAGAACCUCUCUCACCAACUGCUUCAACAGAUUCAGUUCCUUCUCCUUUACCUGUGGACUCUCCAGUACAACAUGUACCUGAAGAUGUGGAGUUUGGCACUAAUUCUCACUUAUCCACUGCAUCUUUAUAUGACAAAUGCAGCUCCAAAUCACCAUUACCUUUAGAGAAAACUAAGAAGUCUCUACCUAAAACUACGCGUUCAGCAAAUGGAUCAUCGAUGACCCUUAAACGAAGUAAUCCAGCAGCCCCCAAACCAUUAAUUCAGCCCAAGCCUCUGUUGCGUGCCUUUUGUGAGACUCAGCCCAAUCACCAGGCAAAAGCCAUUGUCAUUCCAGCUCUUCCCACACUCCUGACACUGCCCAAGCAGCCGCAAGUUGUUACUAUUCAGCCGGCACCUUCAAAAGGUCAGCCACUAAUGCUAUCUCAGCCUGCUGUGGUUCAUCUUCAGACAUCUGGAAUCCUUCCUGCUUCAAAUCCAGCCAUUGCUGUUAAUGGUGGAGUAAAACCAUUAACAGGUCACACCAUUAGGGUAUUACCACAAUCGGCAGCAAAGAGUUUGACCAGUGGGAACCUUUCAGAAGCUAAGCCUGUUCUUCACACCACUUCCUCAAACACAAACAUGGAUAUGAAUGUUCUAAGACGGCAGCAGCGCAUGAUAAAAAACCGGGAAUCUGCUUGUCAGUCACGGAGGAAGAAAAAGGAAUAUAUGCAGGGUUUAGAAGCUAGACUAAAGAGUGCUUUGUUAGAAAACGAUCAUCUUAAAAGAGAGAAUGGUUCACUGAAGAGACAACUAGAUGAGCUGGCAGUAGAGAAUCAGAAUCUCAAAGGUUCCCCACCAAAAAGAAGAGCAUUCUGCGUGAUGGUUUUGCUUGCUUUUGUAAUGCUAAAUUAUGAUCGGCUAAGUGGGUUUGAAUGGGGACCUGAUUCUGCUGAACAUCUUGCCAGCACUAGCUACCAAAGUCGACAUCUUCUUGAAUUUUCUGCAAGCAGGUCUCAGGAAACAGAUGGCAAGAAUAAUGAUGGAUAUAAGCCAUCGGUUUCGGAUAACAAGGCACUCAUGGUAGUUACUGAGGAACCAAUAAUAUAUGUUCCUCCCCGACCUUGCCAGCCAUUUAUCAACCGGACAGAAUCACUCAGGUUAAGUCAUGAACUAAGAGGUUGGGUACAUAGACAUGAAGCAGAAAGAACAAGAUCAAGAAGGCUGUCAAAUAAUCAGCAGCAAAAAGAGCAGACUGUCCAGAGUUCUUCAGGAAAAAAUUCUGAACUAAUGGCUCUUCCUUAUACAGACAAUAGUGUUGGUAGGAAUUCAGGAAGUGAGCUACAGGUUUAUUAUGCUUCACCACGAAAUUAUCAAGAUUUUUUUGAUGAAAUUCACAGAAGGGGAGAUACAUUUUAUGUGGUGUCAUUCCGUAGGGAUCACCUGUUGUUACCUGCCACUACGCACAAUAAGACCAGGCGACCAAAGAUGUCAAUAGUGUUACCUGCAAUAAAUAUCAGUGAGAAAAUAAUUAAUGGGCAAGACUAUGAAGUUAUGAUGCAGAUAGACACUGAAGUAAUGGACACCAGGAUCCUGCAUAUCAAAAGCUCAUCCAUCCCACCUUACCUUCGAGAACAGCAGAGGAACCAUACGACGUCCUUCUAUCAUUCUCCUCCAACUGUUCCAGAGGCAGCUUCUGCUGUGAGAACGAUCAGUGAAUCACCCCAAUAGGCUCUCCAAAUGAGGCCUUCAUAUGUGCUCUGGGACAGGCAACCUGUGUAGGUUUGCCAUGGCAGUGUCAGGGGCAGUAUCCUGUCUUAGACAACAGCUUCAGGUUUUUGGAUCUCAGGAUUCUGUCUGCUUUUAGACCUAGCCAAAAAUAGUUUCUCACCCACUCUGUCUAGAUUAUCUGCCAUCUUUAUAAGACAAUAUUUAAGGGCCUAAAAACUUCACGUUGUUGAAAGGAAUACUAACACUGCAAUGGGUAAAAUAGUGUUAUUGGUGGAAGUGAGGCUUCUGUGGGGUUAACUAAUUCCUGGGAUGGGGGUUGGGCACUAAAUGUCAUUUCUUUCCCCUACCUUCUUAGAAAUAAAUAUCAAUUUCUUGGCAGUUUCUGAAGAAGAAAGAAGCCACAUAUAAAUUACAGUGUAUUUGUCGCUAAUUGUUUGUAUUCUAUUUUUUAUUUUAGUUGGUCUGUAGAGUUUAUACUUCGCAUUCUUUAUUCAAUCUUAUCCUGGGUUCUCUUUCCUGUUUCUUUUUACCAGUGGGGGAAGGUGGAAGAAAAUAAGGAACUACAGGCUUUUGUUUACCAAAUUAGAGUUUAAGCCAUUCUUUGCUACACUCUCUAUUUUCUGUAUUUUUUCAUUAUUUUAUUCAGUCUCUAGACAAAGCCCUAUGUCCUACACUGCCUUUUUCUUGUACUUUAUUAUACAACAAAUGCCCAGUCCAGCUAUUUUGCAUUUGUUACACAAGAUACAGAUGUUUUGUUGAUACCGCCCUUUAACUAUGUGCAAAUUUGUAAAGUAUUGUUACUGGGGAAAUUAUAGAAAUUAAAAUUCUGCCAGAAUGUACCUGAACCAGUUUCAUGGGCACCUAUUGACCGAACCUUGCAACAUUAUUAACGAAGAGCUUUGUUUUGAACACUCUCUUAUUACUUUGGGCUAAAUAUUAAGUGAAUAUACUGGAAUUGGGGCAAGUGGUGCUUCUCUAUUGGCCCAGGUUCUGUGCGCAUCUUCAUGAGCUUCCUACAUGAAUUUGCUCAUAAGAAUAAUUUAUGUCCUCUGGUUUGGCAACAGGGAAGGAUCAAAAAGGGUAGGUUCUAGGGGAAAGGCCCCCAUUCAUACCGAGAGCGCUAGAUCAAUGAGAACAGGUUCUCUGCUUUUUCCACUCCACCUCUUCCAUUGACAUAGUUCAUGCCCACAUUGGGCAUAUAGAAUACCCACAUUGGGAUAUACUUCAAGAUUGGGAUAGGGGAGGAUGUGUUGCCCAGUGCAUAGAUCUUUACAGGGGAUACAAAUUAGAGCAUAGUACUGCAUAAUCUACUUUAUUUAUUUCUUAUCAAAUAGCUAAGCCUCCUUUAGAUGUAAAUAUCCUCAGGGCAGAUUUCAUAGCAAAGUUAAGACUAGUGAGGAAAGAGGAGCACUAGGCUAAGCAUCUGUGAAGUGGGAAAAAUAAGCUCUGAAUGUAAAAGGCUGCUUCAAAUAGGUGGAGAACGUAUGCCUCACAAGCAAAGGUUUGUGUGCCUCUCAGCAAAGAAAACCUCCAUUGGCUCACUCCCAUUGCAUAGUCAUCAUCUACUUUUCUUCCCUUCUGUAUGUGUGUGAUUUUGUUUGACCUCCAAAAUUCCACUUCCACAUCUUGCACUCUUUUAUUAAAUAUUAUCACCAUUUCCACAAAAAUCCACUUCAGGCAUUGAACAGAUAUUUAUGCAAAUGUAUGAGCAAUGUGAUCAAUGAGCAAUAUGAUCAAUAUAACAACAGAUCUGAAAGGGUAAGCAGUAGAGUCUUCCCUGAAAAGGGGUAGGCAAAAUUCUUGUCUGUAACUGUUGUGUUGUGGGUUGAAUCGUUGAUACAUUAACUCUUCUGGAUAACAGAUUGAGUAGGAGUUGUAAUAUUACAUGUGUAUACUUCAACCUGAAAAUGUAUCAGCUUUAUUUAUUUUCUGUGCUGGAUGUAACCAAGGUAAAGUCAAUGAUAUGUACAUCUGAAUUUCUUUUAAGUCUUUCUUCAGAAGCAUAAAAAGUGACCUGGACAAAACCUAACAAAAUUAAACAAAGAUAAUAAUCCACC